CUGGGUGGCAACGCUCCGUUUUAAUCUAUUUUUGUCAACAUCAUUGUUUAAAAAUUUAUAACUUUAUUCCAGAUAUACUGUUGGAGAACAAGAUGAAUUCUGUUUUGAAUAUGUGUGAUGAUACAGCUUUAGAUUUCAUGAAUACAGAAGAGUCUACUGGCACUACCAUCAUGGCUGUAGAAUUUGAUGGAGGUGUUGUAAUAGGUGCAGAUUCUCGAACGACUAUGGGAGCGUAUGUUUCAAACCGUGUGACAGAUAAAUUGACCAAGCUUACAGAUCAAAUUUAUGUUUGUCGAUCUGGAUCUGCGGCUGAUACUAAAGCUAUUGCGUCCAUUGUAGCAUAUCGUCUGGAUAUGUUAAGUAUGGAAUUAGGUGAACCUGUUACAGUGAAAACUGCGGCAAAUGAUUUGAAACAAAUUAUUUACAAUUAUCGUGAAUCACUCUCUGCUAGUAUGAUUGUUGCUGGUUGGGAUAGAAGAUUAGGAGGACAAGUUUAUUGUGUUCCUAUGGGUGGCAUGGUAUCUCGAGAACCUUGUUGCAUUGGUGGAUCUGGGAGUGGUUAUAUAUAUGGAUUCAUGGAUACACAUUUCAGAAAGGGCAUGGAUAAAGACAGUUGCAUUGAAUUAGUAUUAAAAGCAAUUUCUCUGGCCAUGUGGAGAGAUGGUUCUAGUGGUGGUGUCAUCCGUAUGGGCAUCAUCACAGAGAAGGGCAUUGAAAGGAAGUUAUUCCUUGGAGAUCAAGUUCCAAAAUACUAUUAAGUGACUUAUCUUUAUGUAGUUAUUUUCUUUUCUAAUAAAUAAGUUUUCAUCUCUAAA